AGGAGCACAAGCAAUGACUCCCCAGUCUGCCAUCGCAGCGAUAUCACCAUCUUUUGCUUCAGCCUCAACACCACUUCUUAGCUUCAACGCCCGAAAUCUUCCGAAUGUGCAAUCGCCGAUUCUGAUGCAACUAGGGAGCCGUCGGCGGAGUACUAGUGUUCGGAGUGGAAGCUUUAGUACUGCUUCUAGUGGUAGCAUCGCAACCCGGGGCGGCUCAUUCCGGGUCAAAGCUGAUGCGGGUGGAGGAAAUGGGAGCAAUGUUGAAAUUAGUGGAAGUGACGCUUCCCAAACUCUUAUGUAUAAAUGGCCAGAUGAAAAGAGGCCAAGGGUUUGCAUACUUGGUGGUGGAUUUGGAGGACUUUACACAGCACUGAGAUUGGAAUCCCUUGUUUGGAGGGAUGACAAAAAGCCCCAGGUUAUCCUCGUUGAUCAAUGUGAACGAUUUGUUUUCAAGCCCAUGCUAUAUGAACUUCUCUCUGGAGAAGUAGACAUGUGGGAGAUUGCACCACUAUUUUCUGAAGUGCUUGCAAACACAAACGUGCAAUUCCACAGAGACAGGGUCAAAUGCCUACAUCCACGUGACCAUUUACUGAAAAAUAUGCCUACACUAUCUGGCCCUGGAGGAACUGUUCAUCUUGAAAGUGGCCUUGCUAUUGAAUAUGAUUGCCAGGUUGGUUCUGGCAUUAGGAGCUGAAGCGAAACUUGAUAUUGUACCAGGAGCUGCCAAAUAUGCAUUACCAUUUUAUACCCUAGAGGAUGCUCUUAAAGCUGAUGAAAAGCUAAGAGACCUCGAGCGUAGAAACUUUUCCAAGGAUUCUCCUAUACGUGUUACAGUGGUAGGGUGCGGUUAUGGAGGAGUGGAAUUAGCUGCCACUGUAUCUGAAAGAUUGGGAGAUAGGGGAAUUGUACAAGCCAUUAAUGCAGAAAGAACAAUAUUGCCGAAAGCUCCGGAAGGAAAUAGGGAAACUGCAUUAAGGGUUCUGUCAUCCAGGAAAGUUCAACUAUUACUUGGUUACAUUGUCAGUUGCAUAAGAAAAGAGGUCAAGGGUGAAAUUGAUCACGGUGAUCUUGCAAAAAUGGCAUCUGAAAGUAUAAUCUUGGAGUUACAGUCUUCUCAGAGAGGCUUGCAGAGUGAAGUUGUGGAAUCAGACCUAGUUUUAUGGACUGUUGGGUCAAAGCCACUACUUCCGGAGUUAGAUCUUAGUGAUGAGACAUAUGAACUUCCUCUGAAUGCUCGGGGACAGGCAGAAACAGAUGAAACCCUCCUAGUUAAGGGUCACCCACGCAUCUUUGCAGUUGGCGAUGCUUCUGCAUUGAGGGACAAAAAUGGAAAAUUGCUUCCAGCUACUGCACAGGUUGCUUUCCAGCAAUCUGAUCUGGCUGGUUGGAACUUGUGGGCUUCUAUCAAUGGUCGGGAAUUGUUGCCAUUUAGAUUUCAAAGUUUAGGUGAAAUGAUGACUCUGGGCAAGUAUGAUGCAGCUGUUUCACCGAGCUUCAUUAACGGGAUCACCUUGGAUGGUCUUGUUGCUCAUACCGCGAGAAAAAUAGCAUACUUGAUCAGAUUACCAAGCAACGAGCACCGCGUAAAAGUGGGAUUCAGUUGGCUAGCAAAAUCAACUCUGGAUUCGCUGCAGAAUGUGCUUAGUAAAGCGCUUUCAGGAUGCUAGGCUUACUCUUGGGACGUAUUCUGUUUCUUUGACAGGAUGGACUUUAUGAAACCCUCUGCUUCUGCUGUAUUCAAAUGUACAUAACAAGAUCUUUAUUGGGGGCAAAUAUUGGAUAAAUUUGUCUGUUCGCUCUGUUUUCUGUACAUUGACAAGAAUGAAUGUAUAAGUUUAAUUUGAUUAUUUUAACAAUUUUCCAUCAUUUCCAAUGGACUCAAAGACUAACUACUUUUUUACUGGCCAGCCCUUAAAUGCAAUGUUGAUGCAGCUAUCAUUAAAGAGAUGGAAGGGCUGGUAUGGGCUGCUGCGUUAGGGACCAUCAGGGACAUUUCUAUAUGGCUAUGUCGGAAUGGUGCAAAGCAUCUCUCUCGCCGGUAGAAGCAGAGGUAUGGGGACUCCGGAUGUUUUCUUUUGGACUGUUUUCAGUCCCAGACCAGAUCAGACUAGACCAAACCAGACUUCUGUAGUUAUAAAAUACACAGAGACCAGACGUUUACCAGACCAGUUCAGACCAGAUCAGACUAGACCAGACCAGCAAAUUUUAGUCCAAAAGAAAACAUCCUCCGUCAAGCAAUGAGUUGGAUGCAAAACAUGGAUCAAGAACAAGUCAUCUUCGAGAUGGAUUCAAAACAAGUAGUUCAGGAUGUGCAUUCAGCUCGGGAGGAUAUUUCAGAAUAUGGUUCGCUUCUAGAGGACUGCAAAUUCCUACUAGCAACAAAAAACAAUUUUAAAGUUGUUUUCACUAGACGAAAAGCAAAUAGUAGCGCCCAUGCUUUAGCUAGGAAGUCUAUUAAUUAUGCUUCUCGUACGAUCUUUAAUCAUGUUCCGUCUUGUAUUUUGGAUAUUCUUAAUGAAGAAAUGAAUUAAAGUCUUUAUUUAAAAAAAAAC